AUGCGCUUCACCAAACCUAUCUGGUUGACCCACGGAGACACGCAAACAGGAGCAGACAUGCUAAGACGGAUACUCUACANNGAUGGACAUGUGCGAAUCUGGUCGACGGACGCGAUCCGCAAUGGCGCCAACGCAGACUACACCAAGCCCAAACAGCUGGCGGCUAUGAGCUACCACUCGGGCACCAUCCACUCUGUGCGCUUCUCUGGCAAUGGCAAAUAUCUGGCCUCGGGCGCCGAUGACAAGAUUGUGUGCAUCUACAACCUCGACCCAAACCCUCCCGCCCAUACCACUUUCGGUAGCAACGAAACUCCUCCCGUCGAGAACUGGCGCAUCUUCCGCCGUCUGAUCGGUCACGACAAUGAUGUUCAGGACCUGGGCUGGUCGGCCGACUCCUCCAUCCUCGUCUCGGUAGGUCUAGAUUCCAAGGUUGUCGUGUGGUCUGGUCACACUUUCGAGAAGCUCAAGACGCUGUCGCAACACCAGAGUCACGUCAAGGGCAUUACUUUCGAUCCCGCGAACAAAUAUUUCGCUACCGCCAGCGACGACCGCACCAUACGCAUCUUCCGCUUCACUUCGCCGCCUCCCAAUGCCACUACCUACGAUCAAGUCAACAACUUCGUCCUCGAAGCCACCGUCUCGGUCCCAUUUACCACAUCCCCCNUGACCACGUACUUCCGCAGAUGUUCUUGGUCUCCGGACGGGGCUCACAUAGCUGCUGCUAAUGCCGUCAAUGGUCCCGUAAGCUCUGUCGCAAUAGUCACCCGUGGUAGCUGGGAGAGCGAAGUCAAUCUGAUAGGCCACGAGGGUCCUGUCGAAGUGUGCGCUUUCUCCCCACGCCUCUUCUGUCCUGAGCCACCUCCACCAGCUAGCGACAUCAGUGCCCAGGAAAACUUUGCUGCUGGUGCUGUGACCGUCGUUGCAUGUGCCGGCCAGGACAAGACACUCAGCGUCUGGAACACAAACUCUCCUCGGCCCUUCGUCGUUACACAGGAGCUUGCCGCCAAGCCCAUCUCGGAUCUUGCCUGGUCACCUGAUGGUGAGACUGUCUAUUUCACCAGUCUGGAUGGAACCAUUGCUUGCUGUGUAUUUUCUGCAGGAGAAUUGGGCUAUCCAGCACCAGUCGUGAACAACGACAAGGCCUUGGCACGCUUUGGUGCUGGUAGAAGGGUCGGCGUUGUUGAAGGCCCGGACGCCUUAAGACUCGAAGAGAAUAGCAAAGCCGGCGAGCUCAAGGGUGUUCAAGGCCGCAUGGGUGAGCUGAUGGGCGACGGCACUGUUGCUGUCCCCUCUUUGAACGGCUCCUCGGAUAAACUCGCUCCUCCCUCAACCAAUGGCGCAACCAAGGACGCUACAACAAACGGCAGCACCGAGACUGCUGAGCCCAAGGAAGCAAUGCCUCCGCCGAAUCCACAGGUCGCAAAGAUUGAUAAGCUCAAGCAGCGCGUAACCAUCACAAAAGACGGCAAGAAGCGCAUAGCCCCAUUGCUAGUUUCUUCGUCCUCCGGAAUUGGAGAAUCCUCGCUACCAAAGCCACAACUCAUGUCGAGUGUCUCCCAAGCCAGUCGUAAUGAUGCACCUCAGACAACACUGGACUUGUCGAAGCCCUUUGACGGUCUACCAAGAGGCGGUCUUGCUUCACUAUUACUUGGUAACAAGAGGAAGUUCGCCGAAAUCGAAGGAGAUGACGAUCAUCGUGCCGAGAAGCGCAUUGCGUCUAUCCAACAGACUGGAGCUACACCCGUGGUCAUUAACACUGCCGCUGGUCUUGUUCCGCCAAGUGCAGCUGGUAAAAGCACAACUGAGACUGCUGAACCUCUUAGGCCUGCAAUCGUCAAUCCCAGCUUGACUACCAGCCAGGUUAGACUAGCAGUGCCUCUGGUCAGAGCGACCAUAGUCAGGCCUCUCGAUACAAACAACAACCAGGAAAAUGAAGGACAGCAACUGGAUACAGGAGACGAGCCAUCAAUUGUGUUCGAAGCACGCAAUGCUUCUGGCCCUGCACGUACAGGUAGAGUCCAGGAUCGCGACCCUACCCGCCUCACAGUCUCUCGACGAGGUCAAUCAAUAUGGCAAGAUUAUCUACCACGAGCCGUCUUGCUUGUCACAGGAAACCAUAACUUCUGGGCUGCUGCUUGCGAGGAUGCGUCAGUCCAUAUAUGGACUCCAGCAGGUCGAAGGCUGCUCAACGCUCUCAUUCUCGAUGCACAACCUGUCAUCAUGGAUUGUCGGGGCUGGUGGCUUUUGUGCGUGAACGCGGUAGGCAUGUGCUACGUUUGGAAUAUCAAGACUAUGUCAUCGCCACACCCACCAGUGUCUCUCGCACCUGUGCUUGAUAUCGCUGCCACAGCUCAACAAGGUCACACUACCAACGGACCGGCCGUCAUGUUUGCACGACUCAACUCGCAAGGACGUAUCAUAGUAGGUUUGUCCAACGGAGAUGGUUACAGCUAUUCACAAGCCAUGUACAUCUGGCAACGUCUGUCGGAGCCUUGGUGGGCAGUCGGCAGUCAAUAUUGGAACACGGCCGACACAUCCAUCUCGACUGUGCAAUCUACUACCAAAGGCACCAACGGCACUUCUACUACUGAUGAUGACCUCAAACCAGAGAACUUGUCUGCUGGCAUCAUCCCUCUACUGGAACGUAAUACCACGACUCAAUCUCUGCUACGUGGUCGGGCUUAUUUCCUGCAAAGACUGGUCAAGACGCUGCUCGUUGCGGAAGGAUACGAAGGAUUCGAGAGCGCCGUGAGUGUUGCACAUCUCGAGAACCGUGUCGCAGCGGCCAUGACUUUGGGUGCACGCGAAGAAUUCCACCUGUAUCUUCUCAUGUACGCGAAGCGUAUCGGCGCAGAGGGUUCGAAGGCCAAGGUCGAAGAAUUGCUGCGGUCACUGAUGGGUAGCGUGUUUGAGGAUGAAGAGGAAAAGCCAGCUGAGGAAAAGGGUCAAGGCUGGAUGGCUGAGGAGGGAGACCUUGUUGGGUGGCCUCGAGAAGAGCUGCUCAAGGAAGUCGUUCUCAUCCUG